AUGUCUCUUCUCCGGGAGGCAGAGAGAUGUGUUGCCAAUCAAAGGGCCCAUGCCGGUCUCAAUGCCCUGAUUGCGCCCUUGCAACGCUCUGAAGAAUGGCUUUCCCGAGUGCGCCAGGCGGAUAUUCGUCGCGAAAACAAAAGCCCCAAGUCGAGAUUAGAUGGGCGGUUAGUAACGAUCAAAGACAACAUCUGUACGCGUGAUUUCCCGACGACAUGCGGCUCUGGGAUCUUGGAUAAAUACUCGAGUCCGUUUAACGCGACAGUGGUAGAACAGUUGGAGAAAGGCGGGGCCAUCAUUGCUGGAAAGACCAACCUCGAUGAGUUCGGCAUGGGAUCUCACUCGGUCCAUUCACGAUUUGGUCCUGUCAAGAAUCAACACCCAAGGCACGGCCGGGACGUUUCUGCCGGUGGCAGCUCUGGUGGGAGUGCAGUCGCGGUUGCGACAGACCAAUGCUAUGCAGCCUUAGGUACAGAUACGGGCGGAUCGGUUCGUCUACCGGCUGCGUAUACCGGCACCGUCGGUUUCAAACCGUCUUACGGACUCAUUUCACGAUGGGGAGUUGUUGCGUAUGCCAACUCGCUAGAUACUGUUGGAAUUCUGGGCAAAGACACUUCAAGCGUGCGUGCUGUUUUCGACAACAAGCCAAGCAAGCGAUUAAUGAAGAAAAUCGCAGAUGUCGUGAACCGACAUGAUCCGCGAGAUCCCACGAAUCUCUCACCUUCUUCACGUUCACGUAUACUUUCCUCUCUUGACUCCCCGCAAUUUGCGUCUCGUCUCGCCUCCCGGCCUCUCAAAAUCGGUUUCCCCAAAGAGUACAACGUCUCGGAGCUGACUCCUGCUGUGCGCCGUGCAUGGAUGCUGGCUCUUUCCCACCUUCGGAAGCAGGGGCACACCAUCCACCCUGUAUCAGUACCAGCCACGAAAUCAGCUCUCUCAGCGUACUAUGUCAUCGCGCCAGCCGAGGCAUCGUCCAACCUGGCAAAAUACGAUGGCGUUCGAUACGGCACGCGGGCCGAAGGACCAGACGGUGAGGGCCGUACAGACGGAUACCUUUAUGGCAAGACUAGAGGGCAAGGCUUCGGCGAUGAGGUGAAGCGCCGAGUCCUCCUCGGCACGUUUAGCUUGAGCGCCGACGCGAUUGACAACUACUUCCUACAGGCGCAGCGCAUUCGUCGUCUUGUUGUCCACGACUUCAAUGCGGUUUUUAAUUUAAGCCAUCCGUUGGCUGAUACGAGCAUACAAAACGGUCCAGAAUCAGAGAAUGCUCAGCGAGAGGUCCAGAGAGCCGAUGUUGACGUUCUGGUUUGUCCCACUGCGCCGUCCGCUCCGCCAUUCCUGGACAGUCUACUGGGUGGCUCUGCGUCCUCUCCUCUCGAUGCAUAUGUCAACGAUAUCUUCACCGUCCCUGCCAGUCUGGCGGGACUCCCGGCGAUCUCUGUUCCCAUAUCACUGCCUGAUCCCCAGAGUCAGGACCCAGAAAUGAUUGGUAUCCAGGUCAUUGGACAGUAUGGUGAUGAUGAACUUGUUUUGAAGGUCGGGGGGCUUCUGGAGGGUCAGAAACUAUCAUGACCCGCUCUAGCCUCCGACAUGGGCUUGAAAACCUUCUUUUCAGUGUAUAUAUUAUUCAUUAAAGCUUUUCUGUACAACAAACAGUACAAUAUCGGGGGUGCUAAGACAAUAAAGAAGGUCUUGAACCCCAUGAUCCACGCCCUGAACCAGCUCCAAGUUCUUCUUAGAUCAUUCCGAUCUUUAUCGACCUCUUUUCCAUCGAUUAAAUAGUCCAGGAUAGCUGU